AUGGCUCAGCCGGUCCACAGCCUCUGCUCUGCCUUUGGCCUCCAGUGCUGCCUCCUCUUCCUUCUCGCUGCUUGGGAGGCAGGUGCUACUACACUCCAAGAAUAUCAGAAAACUGGUGAACUCUCAACAUCUGAUCAUGCAUUUCCCCUCACUCCAGGCCUUGUUUACAGUAUCCCCUUUGAUCACGUUGUUCUGCAUUCAGGACAAAGACCUCCAGACUUCCCUAAAUCUAUAGAAGUCCGUGAACGAAAACAUCACUGCAACACCACACGCCAUUCUAAGCCCACUGACAAGCCUAUAGACAACUCCAAAACUACAGACCACAAAAGCUCUGCAGAUAAUCAUGAGGCUCCUCCCACUUCUGAAGAAAAUUCUGGCAGUCAAGGGAAAGACCCAGUGAUCCGGAACCAACGCUCUGUUGAUUCUGCUGACUCCACUACCACUCAUAAAGAAUCAUCUGACAAAAAACAUAUAACCCCAGCACCCAAGAGAAAAAUAACUUGUCCUAAGUUCUCAUCAAGCAAAUCAACAGUAACAGCAAAAUCAGGUAACUCUGGAAGACCUACUGCCUCAUAUAAGACUGCAACUUCCUUCCACAAUUCAGAUGAUUCACAGAGCAACCAAAAAAGCACGUCUUCUGAGAAAAUCACAACAGGAACCCCAGAAGAGUCGGGAAAAAAUGAAGAUUACAGAACAACAGUUGCCUCAGACAAGAUCCUGAUAAAAACUACAAAAAACACACAAGAGACUAUAUCAGCCAGUGAGAAGAUCACACAAUCUCUAGCAAACCCUACAGAACAUGGAGAAAGGACAGCCAAUGAGAAGACCACACCUUCCUCAGGGGAACCUACAGAACAUGGAGAAAGGACCCCACUAGCCAAUAAGAACACCACACCAUCCCAAACAGAGCAUACAGAACAUGGAGAAAGGACCCCACUGGCCAAUGAGAUCACCACACCAUCCCCAGCAGAGCAUACAGAACAUGGAGAAAGGACCCCACUGGCCAAUGAGAUCACCACACCAUCCCCAGCAGAGCAUACAGAACAUGGAGAAAGGACACCAUCAGCCAUUGAGAACACCACACCAUCCCCAGUAGAGCCUACAGAACACGGAGAAAGGACCCCGUCAGCCAUUGAGAACACCACAUCAUCCCCAGUAGAGCAUACAGAACAUGGAGAAAGGACCCCACUGGCCAAUGAGAACACCACACCAUCCCCAGCAGAGCAUACAGAACAUGGAGAAAGGACACCGUCGGCCAGUGAGAACACCACACCAUCCCCAGCAGAGCCUACGGAACACAGAGAAAGGACACCGUCGGCCAUUGAGAACACCACACCAUCCCCAGCAGAGCCUACGGAACACAGAGAAAGGACACUGUCGGCCACUGAGAACACCACACCAUCCCCAGCAGAGCCUACGGAACACGGAGAAAGGACACCAUCGGCCAUUGAGAACACCACACCAUCCCCAGCAGGGCCUACAGAACAUGGAGAAAAGACACCGUCAGCCAUUGAGGACACCACACUAUCCCCAGCAGAGCCUACAGAACAUGGAGAAAGGACACCGUCAGCCAAUGAGAACACCACACCGUCCCCAGCAGAGCCUACAGAACAUGGAGAAAAGACACCGUCAGCCAUUGAGAACACCACACCAUCCCCAGCAGGGCCUACAGAACAUGGAGAAAAGACACCGUCAGCCAUUGAGAACACCACACCGUCCCCAGCAGAGCCUACAGAACACGGAGAAAGGACACCGUCAGCCAAUGAGAACACCACACCAUCCCUAGCAGAGCCUACGGAACACGGAGAAAGGACACCGUCGGCCAUUGAGAACACCACACCAUCCCCAGCAGAGCCUACGGAACACGGAGAGAGGACACCAUCGGCCAACGAGAACACCACACCAUCCCCAGCAGAGCCUACGGAACACGGAGAGAGGACACCGUCGGCCAACGAGAACACCACACCAUCCCCAGCAGAGCCUACGGAACACGGAGAGAGGACACCGUCGGCCAACGAGAACACCACACCAUCCCCAGCAGAGCCUACGGAACACGGAGAGAGGACACCGUCGGCCAACGAGAACACCACACCAUCCCCAGCAGAGCCUACGGAACACGGAGAGAGGACACCGUCGGCCAACGAGAACACCACACCAUCCCCAGCAGAGCCUACGGAACAUGGAGAAAGGACCACAUCACCCAGUGACAAGAUCACGCCAUCUGCAGCAGAGUCUACAGAACAUAGAGAAAGAACUAUAUCAGCCAAUGUGAUCACACCAGCCCCAGCAGAGCCUAUAGAACAUGGAGAAAGGACCACAUUGGCCCAUGAGAAGAUGACACAAGUCACAAUAAAGUCCACAGAACACUCAGAAAAGACCACAUCAACUACAGAGAAAACCACAAGAGCCUCAGAAAAGCCUACACUAUACCCAAAGAAGACCAUAUCCACCAAAGGGAAAAACAUACCAGUCUCAGAAAAGCCUACAGAAAACUCAGGGAACACCACACUGGCCACUGAGACCACAAAAGCCCCAGUAAAGUCCACAGAAAACUCGGAAAAAACAAAGACUGUAAGACCUUCAGUCAAGGUCACAGGAGACAAAUCUAUCACUACUACGUCUUCUCAUCUAAAUAAAACUGAAGUUACUCAUCAGGUGCCCAUUAGUUCUUUUACAGUCAUCACAUCUGGAAUGAAGCUGAGUUCUAUCAUACCAGAAGUCCCAGGCAACGAGAGCUAUCCAUACCACAAUAAAGAUGGCUCACAGAAAGGUAUCCACGCUGGACAGAUGGGGGAGAAUAAUUCAUUCCCUGCAUGGGCCAUAGUUAUUGUGGUCCUGGUGGCUGUGAUUCUCCUCCUGGUGUUCCUUGGCCUGAUCUUCUUGGUCUCCUAUAUGAUGCGGACACGCCGCACACUAACCCAGAACACCCGGGACAAUGACACAGAGGAUGAGGGUGGCCCCAAUUCCUACCCAGUUUACCUGAUGGAGCAGCAGACACUUGGCAUGGGCCAGAUCCCUUCCCCACGGUGAUCUUGGAGUAGGCACCGAGCCCCGGCUCUUCCAUGCUCCGCCCCUUUCCUGGAUGAGGAACUGGACUCACAAUUUCUAUUUCCUGGACUCUGGGAAGGGCAGAGAAUACCGAUGGUUAACAACAAUAACCCUUCCUCUGUUCUUAACUGAAACUGGUUGGGGAAUGAGGUGAUAAGCAAGGAGGCUGUAAGUUUAGGGGAUAGAGAAGAAAGAAUGAACAAUACAAGUAGUCAUUCUCUGUAGAAGGCAAUGGUCUGAGAAUGAAAAGGUGUUUGAUGGACAUGGUUGGGGAGCAAUACAGAACCUGAGUCCUAAAGGAAGGACAGGAGCCUUAGAAGGCAAUGUCCCAGACUGACUUGUGAGUGGGGAUUAUGGGGAAAGAGAGAGACUGAAGGUGGAGUCUCUGGGUUUCAGGACAGAAUUACGUUAUUUCCAUUCAUUAUUAUUUAAGAGUUUGUGUGAUAACAGGCUCAUCUCUGAGUUUUCAGGACCCUUGCCCCCCUGUUUUUAAUUAAAAAAAAGAAAAAGAAAAAAGGAUCCAAGAAGAAAAGAGAACUUAUUUUCUUCUCCACUCUCUCCAUUCCGUGGAGAAAGAAGAAGUCCAGGAGAAAUUAUAAGUAUCUCUCAUCCACAUGGUGGUUCCCUCUUCCUCCCAAAUCCCUUAGCCUUCCUUAAUGUCUAUAGUGGACACUGUUGGUUUGGCUUGCUGGGUUGUGGGUGGACACAGAAGGAAGGGAUCUUUGUUUGACCAGCAGUCUCACUCACUGAUCUCUAUCCCAGACCUUCCCUGAUGGUGUCUCAGCAUUUAUUUUCCUGUCUCUUCCACCAAAAGCCAGUUGUGGAUUUAUCUCAUAAAAGUCACCCAUCUUCUCUACCGUCCCCAUCCUCUCUCCUCACACCUUCACCCCGAUUCCAAUUUUUCUCCUUGUAGGCAUUUCAUGUGUGUGUGUUUUCUGGAUGUUCUCUCCCCUUUCUUAUGGCCAUUUCACCUUAUAUCUGGGGCAGAGAGGGAAAAGGAGAAUGGACAUAUGAUGAUAGUCUCCUUCUCUCUAUUGACCUUUUUUAUAAUAGAAUAUGACAUGUU